AAUAGAAUCCGCUAAGCAGCUGCACCCACAGUCAUUGCAUCACAGCUACAUUAUAACUAGAUUUAGACAUUAAAUAACAGUUCUGUUUAUAAUUAAAAAUACACAGGGAUGAACUGGACUAGUUAAUACACCGAACAGCAAAGCAGCCCAUGCUCUGACAGUGUCAGAUCGGUUGGAAUUCCUUUCGUAAGAAUGGAAAAGCAGCCGAGUGUGUUGACUUCUCUCCUCCUGGUAAAAAGUAGGCUUUUUGAAGUCACCUUAAAUCGAACACUUUUGACAUGGAAAGAAGUGCAGCUCAGGAGAAAGAAAGUCUCAGGCAACAUCAGUAGCAGACUCAGAUUUGGUUUCUGCCUGGCAAAUGCCCUGCACAGAACAAGAGGAAUUACCGCAGGUGUCCACUCUGUGCCUGUGUCAGAGAUUAUUGCUGUUCGGGAAACAGAAGUUGACAAGGAAACCAAAGAUGAAGGAAAAUGGCAGAAGAUGUCACAUAUCAAAACUGAGACAAAUCUAUGUGCUUUUACAGUUUCUUAUGUAGAAAAAACAGGGCAGCAUCGCUGGCGAUGCAGCAACAUGACCUUCUUCUGUAGUGACGAGACUAUCUGCCAACAAUGGGUCCGGAAACUUAAGGAACAGCUUUCGUUACUAACUUGUAGACCAAAGCACCUUCUUGUAUAUAUUAAUCCCUAUGGAGGUAAACAACAAGGCAAGCAGAUUUAUGAACAUAAAGUGGCUCAGCUCUUUACUUUAGCCUCCAUUUCCACAGAUGUGAUUGUAACGGAGCAUGCUAAUCACGCCAGGGACCAUUUGAAGACUCAAGCUGACCUAAGGAAGUAUGACGGUAUUAUUUGUGUUGGUGGGGACGGGAUGUUUAGUGAGGUCGUUCAUGGUCUAAUUGCACGGACACAGAGCGAUUCUGGAGUAGACCUGAACGAUUCCCAGGCAAAACUGGCUCAGUGCAAUCUCAGGAUUGGUAUUAUUCCAGCAGGUUCAACAGACUGCAUUUGCUAUGCAACGGUUGGGGUCAAUGACCCUGUGACAUCAGCCUUACAUAUCAUUGUGGGUGACACACAGCCCAUGGAUGUCUGCUCAGUUCAUAAUCAUAAUACAUUUCUGAAGUACUCUGUGUCCCUGCUCGGAUACGGUUUCUAUGGAGAUGUGUUGACAGACAGUGAAAGGAAUCGAUGGAUGGGCCCAGCCAGAUAUGACUUUUCAGGUUUCAAGACAUUUCUAUCACAUCACUACUACGAGGGAACAAUAUCCUUUUUACCAGCAACUAACACCUUGGGGAGUCCAAGAGACAGCAGCAGAUGUAGAUCAGGGUGCUAUGUCUGCCAGCAUCGUGUAAAGGACAUAUCCCCAAUAAAAUGGGGAGGUGGUGAUGUAAAUGAGAACGAGUCUGAAGGUGAGUGGAAAGUUAUCAAAGGGAAGUUUCUGGCCAUCAAUGCUGCCAGUAUGAGCUGUGCCUGUCCACGCAGCCCCAAAGGCUUGUCUCCAGCAGCACACCUGGCAGAUGGAACAACAGACAUCAUUCUUGUCCACAAAUGUUCAAGGCUGAACUUCCUUAGACAUCUCCUCCGUCACACCAGCAAAGACGAUCAGUUUGACCUUACUUUUGUUGAGGUCUAUCGAGUAAAAAAGUUCAAGUUUACACCAAAUCACUGUGACAGUGAGUUCUCUAACAUCAGAGAUGUCAGGGAAAACGCCUUUGGUCAAAUCUGCAGGGAUCACCCAUCAUGUGACUGUACUCCUGUCAAUAGCAACUGGAACUGUGAUGGAGAAAUUUUGGAACAUGCUGCAAUUGAAGUCGGGGUUCACUGCCAGUUGAUAAAGCUUUUUGCAAGAGGAAUAGAAGAAACUCCACCAUUUGAGGAAGAUGUUAGUUCCUCUGCUGUUUAGACUCUUAUCAAGGACCCAACGAUUGGCUGAAGAAUUCUCCUUAUUUAUGUUGCUAUAGAAAAGUAUAUCUAUAGUUAUUGUUGUUAAAAUAAAAUACUAUAUUAUAUGUAGCAAAAGGCUACAUCUCUGAAUGUAUAUAAACCAGAAUAUUAGAGGGAGCACUAUUAAAAUAUUCGUUAAGACAUUAUUUUGAGUGUAUUAUGCCAAAUGGUGUAACUAUUGUCGCUUUUAUAAUCAAUGAUUGGUGCCUCUUUCAGUUUCAGUUUCUAGCAUCUUGAACAGCUACUGCAAUUGUGGAACUUUUUCUUGCAUUUAAGAAAAUGAACCACUUGCUUGACCAAGGUCUUAACUUAUGGCAAAAAUGUAAUUAUUAUGUAGUUUAGUAUUACAUCUUGCAACAUACCAAUGCAAAUUCAAUGGCAACAUUCCGAAUGUGGAAAAAUAGUCAAUUUCAUUAUUGUACCAUAGCAAAAAUAAAAACAGAACUGCCAGGAAUCCUUUAGCACCUGUUACUAAAAAAAAAUAUAAAUAUAUAUAUGAACAUUUUUUGGAUUUUGGCAUUUCUAUAAUAAACAGUAAUAUUUUGCAUUUGGAGUAAUAAUAGUUUAAAAAAACAAUAUUUUAAACAAUAAUAGUUUUAAAAAAACAAGUUAUGCUAAGCAUUCUGUAUUUUAGUGUGUGUGUGUGUGUGUGUAUAUAUAUUGUUAAACAUGCUGUAGCAGAAUCUGUCCUUUGCUAAAGCUUAGAAGCUGACCUUUGCUAACACGUAUAUGUUCACUGUGUGAAUAGUUUGCUAGUUGUAGUUUGGUUGCACCUUAAAGAGUAAAGGCUCACGAGAUAUACUUCAACUCCGUACAGAUUUGUUCAAGUUUUCCAUGUGUGUUUGUUUUGUCAGAUACUGCACAUUUAUUUUCAUGUAGCCACAUCAACUUUGCCUGCCCUAUUUGUGUGUGGAUAUAAACUGAAACCACAGUUGCUCUAUGUGGUUUUUUUUAUUUGUUGGUUUAGUUGUAAAAGAUUUCUGGGUAUCAUUGUUUUAUAGCUGCCUUUUAUUGUAUCCUGCACUUUUCCAUUGUAUUAUUUCUAAACUACCAUAAAUGGAAGUUUAUAUAAAACAAGCAUUAGAGCUUAGGUUUUUUUUUUUGUUUGUUUUUUUUUGUGCUUUUUUUAUGUCCAGCAAAUACAUUUCAGAGUUUAGUUCUUCUGAAUAUGACCAGUAUUUGCAUUCAGAGAUGAUUGAUCAGGUGAACUGGUUCAGAAUCGAAAAGUAAUAUGAAUGAAUAUUGUUUUUUACUACAGCCUCAUACAAAUGCAGUAUGCAUGGAGAAGACAAAUCCACAUUUGUUAAAUUCUCCAAGCUUACACAUUUUCUGACCAAUACCAUUUCAAACCUGUCCCAUGUUCGAGCACUAUGACACAGCAAUUCAUUUCCAUAUUCUUGAAGCAGCAGUUAACACUGAUUUAUACUUAGCAACACGGACAGAAAAGCUGCUGACUGCCAUUGAAAAACCCCGGGAUAUUGAGCCUCAUUAUUCUGCAUGUUCUAGAGUAUUUUGAGAAAAGUGAUUCCCCCCCUCAAGAAACCAGUAGCAUGUUGUAGAUUCAGCAACCGGUAAAUAAUCUAUACCUUCAUCUAUCACCUGUGUCUGCUGCUUGUCAAAGUCAUUCUUCAAAUGCUGGGUUGUGUUAUUUAAAAGAGAUAGCACUGUGAUGCGCUAAGUAGUGCCUAUCAGGCCAAAGGUGACACUGCAACGUAAAACUGAUGAUCCCUAAAUUCUGCCCAUGUAAUAGUAUGUGAGCAACUUGACUUGAUUCCUUUGUGAUCUUGCAGGCUUCAAGAUGACAAUUGAAUUAUAGACAUUGCAUUGACUAUUGUGUUUGAAUAUUGUGACAUUUUAAUAAAAUAAUGAUAAUAAAAUGAGUAGAACACAGAAAAAUGCAUCUUGUUUUAAUUAUGUGUUUUAAAUAUGUUCAAAAUGUAAAAGCGACUCAAAUGAUGCCUUUUAAUAGUAACCUGUCUAAUCACUGUAACUUCCCUAUUUGUUCCUCAUUUAAUAAGUGUCGAGCAGUGUAUUUUCAGCAGUAUGUGAAAUUUGUAUUCGUC